AUGUGGACUACAACCUCCGGUCUGCGGGGCAAGAAGCUCCAUUUGGCCAUCACUUUCACUUCCGUUAUUGGAUUCUCCCUGUUCGGUUAUGAUCAGGGUUUGAUGUCCGGUAUUAUCUCCGGUGACCAAUUCACAAAGGAGUUCCCUCCUCUCGCUAUUCCCGAUGGCAGCAGCAGCUCCUACUCUGCCCACGUCUCCGUCCUCCGUGGUGCUGUCACUGCUUGUUACGAACUCGGAUGUUUCUUCGGUGCCAUCUUUACUCUGAUUUGGGGUGAAAGGAUUGGCCGCACCCCUUUGCUGGUCUCUGGAGGUGUUCUCAUGAUUAUCGGUACUGUCAUCUCCACUGCUGCUUUCGGUCCCCAAUGGGGCUUAGGCCAGUUCGUCAUCGGACGUGUCAUCUCAGGUCUUGGAAACGGCAUGGACACCGCCACCAUUCCUGUGUGGCAGUCCGAGUGUUCUCGCGCGCAUAACCGUGGUUUCCUCGUUUGCUUCGAGGGUGCCAUCAUCGCCGUCGGUACAUUUGUUGCCUACUGGAUUGACUUUGGUCUCUCCUACGUGGAUAGCUCGGUCCAAUGGCGGUUCCCUGUCGCCUUCCAGAUUCUGUUCGCUAUUUGUGUUAGUAUCGGUGCUCUGAUGCUUCCUGAGUCUCCUCGCUGGUUCGUUAUGCGUGGUCACGACCAAGAGGCUUUGCAGGUUUUGGCUCAGCUUAACGACAGUAGCGUUGAUGCCGAGGAUGUGCUUACCGAUUUCAACCUGAUGAAGGCCGAUCUUAAGGCAUCCGAGGGCAACAAGGCUAGCUGGAGAGAGCUCUUCAAGUUCGGAAAGACUCAGGAAUUCCAGCGUAUGAUGAUCGGUUGCUCUGGCCAGUUCUUCCAGCAGUUCACCGGCUGUAACGCUGCUAUUUACUAUUCGACCCUACUCUUCGAGCAGAACCUUCACAUGAAGCACCGUCUCUCUUUGAUUCUUGGUGGUGUUUUCGCUACCGUCUAUGCCUUGGCCACUAUUCCAUCUUUCUUCAUGGUCGAAAAGGUUGGUCGUCGCAACUUGUUCUUGAUCGGCUUCCUUGGUCAAGGUCUUAGUUUCAUCAUUACCAUGGGAUGUCUGAUUUCGGACAAUGAGCAGAACGCCAAGGGUGCCGUCGUUGGUAUCUUCCUAUUCAUCUGCUUCUUCGCCUUUACUACGCUGCCUUUGCCUUGGAUCUACCCUCCCGAGAUCAACCCUCUUCGCACUCGUACUAUGGCUGCCGCUGCCUCCACUUGCACCAACUGGAUUUGCAACUUCGCUGUCGUCAUGUUUACCCCCGUGUUCUCUGACCAAAGUGGUUGGGGUAUCUACCUCUUCUUCGCGUUGGUCAACUUCGUCGCCAUCCCAUUCGCCUGGUUCUUCUACGCUGAGACUGCCGGUCGUGAUUUGGAGGAGAUCGACCUCAUAUUCGCCAAGGCUCAUAUUGAGAAGAAGUGGCCCUACCAGGUCGCUAACAGCAUGCCUAAGCUCACUGUCGAGCAAAUCGCUCAGAUGCAGAUCGAAGUUGGCCUGAGCGUUCCCGAUCACCAGUUCGCAUCUGAGGCCGAGAAGGCCGAGAUUGCUAUGAGCAGUGGAGACAGUGAGAAGCACGCCUCCGACUAA